AUGCUUUCCGAUCUCCGCCGCGUCGUACUGUACACGAACACGUAUCCGACACCAAGCGAGGAACGACACGGACAUUCAGCAAUCAACUCUCCUGUCUCCGAAGAGAACGUGAACGACGGUCCUUUUGGACACUGUUUCGAACGCGAGAACCCCUGCAAGUCCGACCUCGAUAACCGCGCCCUCGCAACUGUCAUUUCUCUCGAUCCUCAACUCUCCUUGUACCUUUCCCCCUUUCAUGGCCGGCCGGUGCUUGUAGCGGCGUGUUCUGUCGGCAUCCUUACGUCGCAACCUUAUACCUGCAGACAUACUAGGAGUCCACGGACCAUUCUGUCAUCGCAUGCGUCUUUAUCGGUUGGCAGCUCACCCCCCUCGCGGCCCAGCCCCUUCAGCGCGAUCGGCCUCGCAAUCACGUCUGACUGCGACAGUCAAGGAGGCCGCGCCAUCAGCACCAACGGCAGCAGUAGCACGACUGGCUCCCUAAUACUCGGAAAAGACUUGGAGACAAAAUACAAGAACAGCACGUCCAUGGCCGGCAUCAGCGACGAGACUACACCCUUGAUUCCUCAAAAGGAUAUGCACGGAGCCAGCGCGGGUGCAGGGAGUGUGCGUCUAUCCAAGUGGCGCUCGCUGCCAAAGCGCCUGGCCGUUACCGUGUGGAAUUCGAUCCAUUGGGUCCUACAGACCUUGGCCGCCCCCGGCGUCUAUUUGAUCGCCUGCCUUUACGACGAGAACGGACGCUUUUCGCCCCUGGGUCCCUUUAAGCUCCUGUUUGGGCAGCGUCGCGGCAAGCACGGGAAAUCUUCACCGCCCCCAUAUAGUGACGAAAAGGACGACUUUACGGGAGAGAGCGAGACGCUCCUUAAGCGGAACAGCACAAUGUCAGUAACGUCGGCCACGGGAAGCGGGCGGCUCUUCUCAUCAUCGUCUAUGCCGAGCGCAAGCUCGUACGCCGUAUCCUCCGAGUCCGAGUCGGACUUUGACACCAAGCGCACACAACAAAGACGGAAAGGCACAAACGACAGUUCGGGCCGGAGGGGCACGGCAGGCAGCCGGUCUGGUGAAGACGAUGGGCCAGGCGCUGGAGGCGCGACCAACUCGAGCAGCAAUCGGCGAUCUGUACGGAUCAAGUUGAACGACGAUACACUGCGCCAACGGAAACACCGCAAGGGACAAUCCUCCUCGUCGGCGAUGUCUAUGCAGCAGGGUGGGAACGGCGGCAGCCGCGCUGACAGCUUUGACGGCGACAGUAGCGGGGGUGGUGUGGCCAAGGACAUCCUGGCGCAGCUCAAGUCCCCGACAUCUCCGGCCGGUGCGCUUACAAAGUACCCUCGCACGCCGGCGCCGCCUCGGCCACUCAUUCCCCGACGGCAGCCCUCUUUCCUCAACAUCGAACCUCUAGACAAGUCGCACCAGAAGACGCUCAUUCUCGACCUCGACGAGACGCUGAUCCACAGCAUGUCCAAGGGCGGGCGCAUGAGCACGGGGCAUAUGGUUGAGGUCCGGUUGAAUACGACCUUUGUCGGCAUCGGCGGCCAGCCGAGUGCCGGCCCACAACACCCGAUCCUCUACUACGUGCACAAGCGGCCGUACUGUGACGAGUUUCUGCGGAGGGUAUGCAAAUGGUACAAUCUGGUUGUGUUCACCGCGUCUGUGCAAGAGUACGCCGACCCGGUCAUUGACUGGCUGGAGUCCGAACGCAAGUUCUUCUCUGCCCGCUACUACCGCCAGCAUUGCACGUUUCGCCACGGCGCCUUCAUCAAGGAUCUGAGCGCUGUUGAACCGGAUCUGAGCAAGGUGAUGAUCCUGGACAACAGCCCGUUGAGCUACAUGUUCCACCAGGACAAUGCCAUUCCCAUCCAGGGCUGGAUCAGCGACCACACUGACAACGACCUCCUGCACCUCGUGCCGCUGCUGGAAGGUCUCCAGUACGUCUCGGAUGUCCGGGCCCUGUUGGCUCUGCGCGGUGGUGAGGACGGACGUCACAUGGCAUGA